UGGAAACAAUCAAUGUAUCAUAUCAAAACGCAUUUAAAUCAACCAACAAUUUAGAGGGGAAAACUUUUGUGGAGAGAUUCAACGAGGUCAGAGUCAUUUGUUCUGACAUAAGAUAAACAAGAAAAAUCAAUUUUUGACUUUUAAUUCAGAAUUCAAAAUGCAAUUGCCGGUGUACCCUUGUCAUCUACCGGAACAUGGAAACAAGUAGUGGCUGGUGUUAAAGAUCACUUUACAAUUGUCGUGUUAUCCAUGUGA